UAUUUAUUGUGGGGCAGAAUGGCAUUUUCCCUCCUCAUCCCAUCCCUUCCCUUCCCACGCCACUUAUGCACACAGCUUAGCCGAAUGCUUCUGCUGCUGUGACUGUGAAGUGUGAAAGCAUUAACCAUGUCUACGAUGCUCUCCGUCUCUGCUUCUUAUUACUCUUCUUCUCGUCUCUUUUCUUCCUCCUCUUCUCGCAACCCUCUUCUCUUCCUCACGCGCCGUCGUCGCGUUCCACUCCCUCGUACUCGCCGUCGUCAUUUUGCAGUUGCUGCGUCGGAGACAGAGAAUUGUGUCUUUACGUCUCCUGAGAUUGCCAAAUCCUUCGACUUUGCCGCGGAAGAACGCAUAUACAAUUG